CAGCAGACGGAGGAGCCAGCGCAAAGCACGGGUCUUUUCGAGGCAGCUAAUCGCGAGUUUGAAAGCACGGAGUCAGGAAGUGACACUUCGGACAUUUCAGAAGAACUUCCUACACAAAAUGCAGGGGGAAAGUCCCCAGGAGAACCAGCAUCUGGUUUGAAAACUGGACCGAAGGACUCUGCUCUCCCUGACACUCAAUUACAAAGGGAAGAAAGACCAACAAGCACUUGCUCUUCUUCCAGUGCGGUGGGAGAAGUAGUAAAAACUAUGCAGCACUUCAUGGAGAAGUUUGACAUGGACCUGUUCACUGUUACACAGGCCUUUCUGAAGAACACUGGUGAAGUGGAGACUACUUUAUACUUUCUGCAAACAGGGCAGCGCUUGGAUGGGUACCCUGUAUGGACCAGAGAGGAUGAUUUGGCAUUGCAAAAAGAUGAUGAACAUGUCAGAAAUAAAUUGAUAGCGAAAUUUGGAGCUGAAAAUGUAGCAAAGCGGGUAGCAUUUAGGAAAAGUUAG